AUGCCUGGAGGUGCAAAAGGACCAGGAAUUUUUUUCGUAUUGCCGUGCAUAGAUUCUUAUAAGAAGAUAGAUUUGAGGGUGGUUUCGUUUGAUGUUCCACCUCAAGAAAUUCUGUCUAAGGACUCCGUCACAGUAGCUGUUGAUGCAGUUGUAUAUUUCCGCAUUUCCAAUGCCACAAUUUCGGUAUGUUUUUGUUUCAAAUAUUUCGUAUGAUU